UACUGAAUUAUUUGUUCAACAAUUAUCCUAAAAUGUUUCAUUUGAGUUUUAUAGCUUUGUGCUGUGCUUCAAUAAUAACUUGUUCGCCAACGAAAAAUCAUGUGUUUGAAUUGGACGUUGAAUAUCCUCCUUCUACAGAUCAAGACUCUACUGUAAACUUUGUUUCAACGAAAAAUCGUAUUAUCAAUGGAGUGGACGCACCUAAUACACCAUGGGUUGCUCGUAUCAUCAUUAACUACAACCGAACCCAAAUUUCUUCUACGUCGUUUUAUUUGGUUAUUGUGAGCGAUUGUGGAGGUAGUUUGGUUUCACCGCAUUGGGUUUUAAGUGCACGUCAUUGUUUUUUUGAUGGAGAUGAUCAAACUAAGUUGACGACUAAUAAAUUUUGGGUUAGUGUUGGUAACGUAGAUUUCUUUAGAGGUCAAAUUAUUCCUGCAAGCAAUGUUGCAGUAUUUAAUCAAUAUAAUAACGGUGACGAUUUGGCUCUUUUACGAUUAGUGAAUGAUGUUAGUAUUCAACCAAUUUCUGUACAAUAUGACGAUAAUAUAAAUUAUGAAGGAAAACGGGCAACAAUUUAUGGUUGGGGUUGGACUGAAACUUUUCACCGUUCUCCGCGAGUACUCCAAACAGCAGAUGUUGUAUUAUAUGGUCGUGAUCAAUGUGAUAGAAAUCAAGUAUGUGCCAAUCCGACUAUUACUAAAACAAAUGCAUGUCAAAGUGAUAGUGGUGGCCCCUUGGUUCUUCAAGAGAAUGGAAAAUUAAUAGGUAUAGUUGCUGCUGGACUAGUUGUGAAUGAUGUACCAUGCCAAGGUGAUAAAUCAUUUUAUACAAGUACAUCUUAUUACGCAAGUUGGAUUCAACGUAUUAUCCAAGAUUGAUCAAAGAGUUUUUCAGUAAGAUUCAUAGAAGAAAUUAAAAUGUAUGGCAAAAUAUUUAACUUGAAUUUCCAAAAUUAAACU